UUCGGUGUCAGUUCCCAGUGUUCGCACUGUCAGUCACACACAGACUAUUCUUUCCUAAAUUGCACAAUUCGAAUUAAAACUAUCGCGAAACUUUGUAAUUCGAAAAAAAAAAUUAUCCUCGAAAAAUAAACGAAUCAUAAAAACUUCUUCGCACUCCACAUUUGUGUUCGCAACAAAACAAGGCAAAAUGACUAAAUUGCAAAUUUUCGUACUCUGCGCCGCGCUCGCAUUCAUCGCCUGCAUUGCCAGCAGCGGAGCGGAACCUCAGCAACGCGGCCAACGCGUCUACUAUCGUCCUGCGGCAGCGCGCUACCAGCGUCCACGCACCCACUAUCUUGCGCGCCAAGAGGAGGUUGCCGACGCCGUGCCCGAGGCACCAGCAGUCACCCCGUACCCCUCUGCCGAUGAAUUGAAACCCGCGGUGCCUUUCGAUGAGGGCGCACCCGCAAACAAUAUACCCGACGAGGUUUAUGGCCCACCAGAGGCUAACCAGCCCGAUGAGGUGUACGGCCCACCCGAGGUCGAUGGCAACGAAUUGCCCGCUGAUUUGCCUGUCGCUGCCGAUGAUGUGCCCGCCGCUGAUCCAGCUGCUGAGAGCUUCCCUGCGCCCUUGGACGAGCAGCAGGCACGUUUGGUUGCUGCCCGUCGCGCUGCUGCACUGCAGCAGCGCCAGCGAAAGGCGGCCGCAUAUCGUCAAGCUUUGGCAGCACGCGCCGCUGCACGCCCGCUGAAGUACAGGGUUGUUGCUGCUCCGCGCCGCUAUUGAAUUGCUGAAUGCGCGCUGUUCGAAGUUCGCUGAGUGCUGAAGAAGUGCUGCUAAAAAGUUCUAAAUUUUUGUAAUUUUAAGAAAAUUUUAUCAACUUUUUAAGCUUAAUUAUAAAAU